AUAUUUUCUUGUAAAUAAAAUUACUCUUGUAGCAACUAAUGCAUUAAAAUUAAGCAAUUAAUCUAAAUUUAAAUUUGUUUAACAAAAAGUUUGAUGAGUGUUCUACUCAAAACAAAACAUGGCGACUUCCAUGGAGGACCAAUCAAGUCAUAUAAAUGAAAAACCUAUGUCUAAAAUAGACGAAAAUGAGUCGUUGUUAAGGAAAAGACUCCCGCAAAAGUUACCGAAACGUAAAAAUGACAUAUAUGUCAACACUAAAACUAAUUUUAAUGGUCAACUUCAACGAUGUAAGAAAAUACUUGACUCAGGUUGUGACGAAGUCACUAUCCACGGGCUUGGAGCUGCUGUCAACAGGGCAAUCAAUCUAGCCCUGCGUAUCCAGGAAAUGUCGCAUGGGUUUCUAGAAUUAGCUGUGAAUACUUCUACCGUUGAUUUAGUUGAUGAUCUUGAUGGAGACGGCGAAAAAACGACUCAAGAAAGAAACAAUUCUGCUGUUCAUAUUAAAAUUUACCGGUCAUCUACAGCGACAUGAAUAAACAAUUAACUUGUGGUUAUAAUCGUCAAAACUUAGGCCCAUGAACAAUGAGAUGUUUUCGACAUAAUAUAAAUCUUUCAUUCAUCUUUUUUGAUAGUUUAAAAUACCUGUGUCUGGGCAACUCAUCACAUUGAUAUCAUUUGAUGACGAAAAUUAGAGGACAUAACAAACUGUAAAGUAAUUCUUUCUUGGAACUCUCACUCAAGGCAUCUAGUGCAGCAGGGGUUCACAUACAGUAGUUCUUGGCCUAAUCGUUGUUUUUAACUACUCUCCCACCUAGGUUGAUUUCAUCCAGGAGUCGCACGAGUUCUACGAGUUAAAAACUCGUAGAACUCGCUUGUCAAAUGACCAUUUAAGUUUAGCUAAUGCGUAUUAAGAAAUAUCAUCUAAAUGUACAAUAUCUGUACAUUGUCUAUUAUUCCAUCACGACAAUAACAAUUACUAUCAACACUGCUUACUUGGACUCGAAUUCAACCCUGGCCAUCAAGCGCAAGCUUGGUGGUCUAGAGGUAUGAUGCCAGGCUAGUGAUCU